GCCUUCUCCCACGAAGGAAUUUUCAGAGGGCCAUGGGGGUAAAGUGGUUGGAGAACCUACUGGCCUUUUCAGCUCGGCAGUACCUCCAGGAUCGAGCUUUGUUUCCAACAACCAGGUCAUCAUAACUCCACCCUUAUCACAAGCCAUGUAUUCUCCUACCGGCUCCGAGCAGACUACCAAAUCACCAACACACUCUCCUCACAUCAAAGAUUUACAUUUCCGUUCUCGCAGUCCUCUCUCUAGGCCUCCAGAUACCGCCGCUAGCCCUUCACUUGCUCCUGAUACUCAGGACCUUACACAGAGGCUUGGAACGUUUCAUACCUCUGUUCCGCACACUCCGCGUGUAGGCGACCAGGAGACUCCAUGGACCAUCACAUUACCCCAGGAUGAGAAGCAUCAGAAUCCCCAGAUACCAUCCGGUACAUCUCAAUAUGUUAUGUCUACGACUGCUUCUCCAGGGUUACGUCAUGUCAGCUCUCCGCAGCCAAUAUCACCACCCAAGGGAUCCAUCAACGGCUCAUACUCAUACUUUGAAACACGCCCAACGCCCGCCAGUAACUCCAAUUCCACUGUUCCGUCUGGUGUUGCGUCAAACGGCGCCCGUAUCCCCGAGCAAACCCGCCUUGUACAUGUAGCCUCCAUGGAACCUGUCGAACUUCCAACAAAUGAUGACUCGAGUGAAGAGAUAGUGAUGUCCAGCACCUCCUAUCCUGGCCAGGAAUGGCAGCCUGCCUACCUUGGCCAGUGGGAUUAACCCUUUUCUUCUGUUUUCUUCUUUUCUCUUUUAACUUCUUCUCCUACCAGAUUACGUUGACCACCGCGACAGCGACUUUCCUAUGUCGAUACUUCAAUUCUUCCAUUUGUUUGGACAUACAUACUCAUAUACCUUCGACAGCUCUUUUGUUUAAUACCUAUCAGAUGCUUCCAUUUAAGAUACCCCUAAUAUGUUGGAAGCAUCUUUAUACUUUCUUGUAUUCCAUCUUUUUCUGAUUAGUGUCCUUACUUUCAUUAUUAUUUCUAUUUUUAUAAAUAUAAUCUUUGAAUAACACAGUAUACAUAUUCCAACAUACGAUUGAUAUCUAAUAAUUCCAAAACCCUAGAGACCCAAGGCUCAGUUCCAUUUAUCACUUGUGUUUGUGGAUUUUACUUGCUGUAUCGCGAUAUAUUUGAUAGACAUGGAUACAGGGAUCAAUAAUAUCCCCUGACUCAAAUCAUUAGUUCGGACACUUCAAAUACGAGGUAUCCCACUUGAUGUCAUCGAUAUCAUUGAUUUCCUAUCAACCUCAUCCCAUGACUCUUCAAUGGGCGUAACAUCUGUAUGGCUAAUUCUGCUGCCUGGCUGUCUUGUAUAUAAAUAAUUGAUACUUAUCCAUCUAGUCCUUCAGCGUUCUGUUCGUUCCAUUCAACCACAGCAACCACCAUGGACCGAACAUUCACAGUUGAGCCACAGCUUGCUGAGUUCGACGUACCUAUUAGUGACUUCUUUGACUCAAAAUCCGAGUAUAACGCCUUUAUAAUCGGUGCAUUCAUAUUUUCCCCAGCCAGAAACCCGAAUACAACAGUCAGUGACGAUGAAAUCAGACGCUCUACACGGGCCUUGCUGCUCCGGAGAGCUAUAACAGACUCCCUAGGCGGCCUGUGGGAAGGCCCAGGGGGUUCCUGCGACGACACCGAUGCGACAGUACUCGACAGCGUCGCACGAGAAGUCUAUGAGGAGACCGGGCUGCAUGUCUCCCACAUACGGGAUCUCGUUGCCGUCGACCGUUGGGACAGAGUCAAGGACGGAGAGCACAUCAAGGCCAUCAAAUUCUCAUUCUGGGUCGACGUCCACGAAGCCCACCAAGCGCCAGAGAACAGUCACUUCGCCCCGGACUGGGAGGAUCAGAUCAAGCUGGCCCCGGGCGAGCAUGAGCAGUACCGAUGGGUGACGGAGGCAGAGGUUCGCAGAUAUCUCGCCGGCGAGGACGAGGCCGUCAAGUUCACAUUCCCAGCCACGGCAAAGAACUACCUGGAGGCCUUUGCUGUUUAUAACCGUGUAUAAGGGUGUAUCGAGUGCCCGACUCCUACUCUUGUUAAUAUAGAUGGAUAAUCGAAGGGUAGAACUGGCUCAGGCGUAGCUGCGGAUUCUCCGUCCUCCUGGCACCGACGACGGCCAUAGAAUAGGAUUAUUUCUAGUAAUCAAUUAGGGAUACACGUAGAAAACACUGCGUAUGACCCCAAAUGCAGGAUCUUUGCGCCUUGAGGCUCGAAACAGGGGCAUCGAAGCCAUUCGGCCUUACAAAGAGUGGCAUCCGAGCAAUCUAACGAGAUUUCCUCAAACACGCGACGCGCGCAAAAGUCAAUCAGCGCAACGAAGUAGAUAAAUAUGAAAAAGCGACCACCACUUCAGCGACAUCGCCAGAACGACAGAAGAGAAGAGACUUGAAAGCGUUGAUACCUGCAGUUCCGGGCGUUUACGGACAGCCAUGAAGCGAGGGCAGAGCAUUGUUGAAGCCGGGUCCAGCACAGUUAAGAGAGGACCAUCCCAUCACUGUACAAGACAAGAGCACGGCUAACUUGGGGAACCUGAUAGAAUAAACGACCGCGGAUAUCAGACGUGCUCGAAGAAGAAGACGCUGCCUCGUCCGGCUCGGAUAGUUCUAACAGCUCCGGCAGCUCCAGCAGCUCGUCGUCACAGGCAGAAGAGGACGCGGAGGAGGAAGAGAUCG